AAUGUGAGACAGAACUGAAGCCGGAGUGGUGUGUGUAUAUGAUUAUGUGUGAUAAAGAGAUGGAGUCUGGAUUGCUGAACGUUUCUGCUGAGACUGUUUAUGGAGAAAAGAGCGCCUUUACACAAACUGAGCACAAUAUUGUUGCUGCUUACCUCAUCACAGCAGGAGUGAUUAGUCUGUCGAGCAACAUCGUGGUGCUGCUGAUGUUCGUGAAGUUCAGAGAGCUGAGAACCGCUACUAAUGCCAUCAUCAUUAAUCUGGCAUUCACGGACAUUGGCGUGGCUGGCAUUGGUUACCCCAUGUCUGCAGCUUCAGACCUGCACGGGAGCUGGAAGUUUGGCUAUAUGGGAUGCCAGAUUUACGCUGCGCUGAAUAUAUUCUUUGGAAUGGCCAGUAUUGGACUGCUUACAGUGGUUGCCAUUGACCGAUAUCUGACCAUAUGUCGACCUGACAUAGGACAGAAGCUGACCACCCGCUCAUACACUCUUCUGAUUGUGGCCGCAUGGCUAAAUGCAGUGUUUUGGUCCUCGAUGCCCAUCGUGGGGUGGGCAGGAUACGCUCCAGAUCCCACAGGAGCAACAUGUACUAUCAACUGGAGGAACAACGACACAUCUUUUGUGUCAUAUACAAUGACUGUGAUCACCGUCAACUUCAUCAUUCCUCUGUCGGUCAUGUUCUACUGCUACUAUAACGUUUCUGCUACUGUGAAGAGAUUUAAAGCUAGUAACUGUCUGGACAGCAUCAACAUGGACUGGUCAGACCAGAUGGAUGUCACCAAGAUGUCUGUUAUAAUGAUAGUGAUGUUCUUGGCUGCCUGGUCUCCGUAUUCCAUUGUGUGUUUGUGGGCAUCAUUUGGUGACCCCCAAAAGAUCCCAGCUCCGAUGGCCAUCAUCGCCCCCCUCUUAGCCAAAUCAUCCACCUUUUACAAUCCCUGCAUCUACGUCAUCGCCAACAAGAAGUUCAGGAGAGCCAUUAUAGGAAUGAUACGAUGCCAAACACGACAGCGAGUCACGAUCAACAACCAGCUGCCAAUGAUGGCAUCAUCAGUGCCGCUCAACCCAUGAACAUUGACGCUCAGAUAUUAAGAAAACAUUCAAAAAACAUCAGCGCUGGACGCUCUCCAUCUGCUCCACUGUUUUUAAAGGGAUAGUUCACCCUAAACAUGAAAUCUCACCUUCAAGUGGUUCUUAACCUUUAUAAAAUUCCGAUGAACAAAAAUGAAGAUGUUUCGAAGAAUGUUGUAAACCAAUAACUAUUGACUUUGUUCACUGUAAAAAAAAAAAAAA